UGGCCAACCCUUGUGUCCCGCAACCGCUUUCUUCAUUUAUUCGAAUCAGAUUCCUUUCUCUCUCGCUCUUUGUGCAUUUCAUACCAUUGCAUGCAACACAAAACAGCUACACCGUCACCAAACUCAAAACCCUUCUCUUCUCUUUCACUCUCGUUCUCUUCUCCCAAUAAAUACCUUUCGCAGUCUCAAUUAAUAUAUACAUAUAAAUAACUCAUUCAUUCUAUAUUAUUAAUAAUUGUUAUUAUUAUAUAUAAUAAUAACAAAUUGUUUUGUGGAGAAGACAGAGUAAACGUGGCUUGAUCUUCUUCUCCGAUGGUGAUUCCCGAACAACCUGAAAGUGUAGCCACUGCCAUUCAAGGAGACUCCGUGCGGCGCAGGUCCAGCGUCAACUCCGCCAAUGGCGAGUUGGCGAGGGAUUCUGGUUCCGAUGACUGCAUGAGCAGCGAACAACACAAAGUGAAGGAAGAUCAUCUCACUGAUGUUUCGGCGCUCAAAUUCGUCUACCGUCCUUCUGUCCCCGCUCAUCGCAGAGUGAAGGAAAGCCCGCUUAGCUCCGAAAACAUUUUCCGACAGCUGCAGAGUCACGCGGGCCUCUUCAACCUCUGUAUAGUAGUGCUUGUUGCCGUUAAUAGCCGACUUAUCAUUGAGAAUUUAAUGAAGUACGGUUGGUUGAUUAAGUCUGGUUUUUGGUUUAGUUCAAAAUCAUUGAGAGAUUGGCCCCUAUUCAUGUGUUGUGUUACUCUUGCUUUAUUUCCUUUUGCUGCCUUUGUAGUGGAAAAGUUGGCACAGCAAAAGUGUAUUUCUGAACCAGUUGUUGUUGUACUUCAUAUAAUCAUUACAACAGCUGCAGUUUUCUAUCCAGUUUUAGUAAUCCUCAGGUGUGAUUCUGCUUUUCUAUCAGGUGUCACAUUAAUGCUAUUAGCUUGCAUUGUGUGGUUAAAAUUGGUUUCUUAUGCACAUACAAACUAUGAUAUGAGAGAACUUACCAAAUCAAUUGAAAAGGGAGAAGAACUGCCCAAUACUCUAAAUAUGGACUAUCCUUACAAUGUGAGCUUCAAGAGCUUGGCAUACUUCAUGGUUGCUCCUACAUUAUGUUACCAGCCAAGCUAUCCUCGCACGCCUUCGAUUCGAAAGGGUUGGCUGUUUCGUCAACUUGUUAAGCUGAUAAUAUUUACAGGAGUUAUGGGAUUUAUAAUAGAACAAUAUAUUAAUCCUAUUGUACAAAAUUCACAGCAUCCUUUGAAAGGAAACCUUCUAUAUGCCAUUGAGAGAGUUCUGAAGCUUUCUGUUCCAAAUUUAUAUGUGUGGCUCUGCAUGUUCUACUGCUUUUUCCACCUUUGGUUAAAUAUACUCGCAGAGCUUCUUCAAUUUGGUGAUCGUGAAUUCUACAAAGAUUGGUGGAAUGCCAAAACUGUUGAAGAGUAUUGGAGGAUGUGGAAUAUGCCUGUUCACAAAUGGAUGAUCCGCCACCUAUAUUUUCCAUGUUUAAGGAAUGGUAUACCCAAGGGUGUUGCUAUUUUAAUUGCCUUCCUGGUUUCUGCUUUGUUCCAUGAGCUGUGCAUUGCUGUUCCUUGCCACAUAUUCAAGUUGUGGGCUUUUGGUGGAAUUAUGUUUCAGGUUCCUUUGGUCUUGAUCACCAAUUACCUGCAAAAUAAAUUCAGAAACUCAACGGUACAUGUGCUAUUUAGGCGUAUUGGUCGGAAAUAUGAUUUUUUGGUUCAUAUUCAGUAUUCUUGGUCAACCUAUGUGCGUACUACUAUACUACCAUGACUUGAUGAAUAGGAAAGGCAAACUUGACCAAAGUUAGCAAUACAUCAUUAACCGGGAAUGUGGAUAAGCUUUUCAGUUUUCAGAGGGUAGAAUUAUGUGGAUAUGUCGGUCGAUAUUGUUUUCUACGGGUACGGUCAUCUCCCAUGACAGUGGUUGCUCUGGUUUAAGGAUUUCCACGUGAUUUGCCACUUCGCCAGGCUAAUUCAUCUUGAUCUAUGUACUUAUUAACUCAAUUCCUCUGGCUAUUGUAUCAAUAUAAAAAUUUUGAAAGCAAACAAGCAAUGCACUGGCAUUGAUAACUGCCAAGGAACAGUGGUACUAGUUUCUUUUAAAUGUUAAU